GAGAAAGCUCAGUGCGCGGGUCGUAUCGAGGGCCGGCGGACGCGAGCCGACGACAGCCGAAGCACGCCGGACAUGAUUGGAAUAUGGACGUGUGGAGCGGCCGACCCGCCUCGUGCGUGCGCGCAUCGCCGCCCCUCGCUAUAGAGACAGGCGACAAUUUCGCACUCACGUUCUUCGAGAGCAAAGAGCAAGCGCCGCCGCCGCUGCCGAAACAAGACCCUUCUUCGUACUCGGCAGACAGCGCGACCUCAGGCACCGUCACAAAGGCAGCUACCCCUUGCAAGGUGUGUGGUGAUAAAGCUUCAGGCUAUCACUACGGCGUAACAUCAUGUGAGGGAUGUAAGGGGUUCUUUCGGCGUAGUAUUCAGAAGCAAAUCGAGUACCGGUGCCUACGCGACGGCAAGUGUCUGGUCAUCCGCCUGAACAGGAACCGGUGCCAGUUCUGCAGAUUCAAGAAGUGCCUAGCUGUUGGCAUGAGCAAAGACUCCGUACGAUACGGCAGAGUACCGAAGAGACCCCGAGAGCCCUCCGCAGCAGACAGCCUGCCCGAACCUUCCAAGCGACCGGUCCACACCAGCGCCACCACGAUCCCCCCCACGGAUCCUUUGGAAGCACAGCUUUUAAGGCAAGAAAUGUCGAGGGAAUUAGUAAAACUCAUCACCGCUGCCCACCGCGGCACCAAUACUUACAGCGAGGAAAUACGGGCCUCCCUGGAGCAGCACCCCAUCUCCAUCCGUGUCGAGGAGUCGGAAGGUGAAGGUAGCGGCGCCGAGGACGCCGCCUCCUCGACCACGGACCGCGCCACGGACGCGCGCUCCGUGCUAUGGCACAACAUCGCUGUCCGCAUGACCCCGGCUGUUCAACAGGUCGUCGAGUUCGCGAAACGUUUGCCCGGCUUUCACGGCUUACCCCAGGAUGACCAGUUGAUAGUCAUCAAGGUAACUGAACAUUAUCCAACUGAUAGCACAGCGAACUUACUCUUGCCAGUUUUGUUAUUUAAACGGAAACUUCCUCAGUUUUCGCAGACUUAGUUAUCUCUUUAGUGGACUAUAGAAUAUGCGGGAAUAGCACAUUAAUAAGUUUAGAAGUAAAGUUAUACCUUGAUGCAGCCACUACUCUAUUACGUCGGUCAUCUGUGAAACUUGCCGUCCGGAUUUAUAUGAUGUGAAACGUUAGGUGGCUCGAUUGCAGCAAGUUACAACUUUAUCAAACUUGUAAAUAUACUGAAGUAUUCCCAAUAAAAUAUUAUAAGACUAGUAUCCAUAGAAAAUAAUACUUAAUACAUAUUUAUUAUUAGUGUACGUCGCUAGCCAAUUGUGUAUGCGAUUGUCUGUAAUUACAUUACCUUGCGAAUUCUGGCUUUGCGUCUGUCAUCAUUCACCACCAUCAACGCUGUGCACCCCGAAUGUAAUCUGGUACCUGUCAGUGUGUCUUUACGUCCGCAGCUAGG